AUGCAGAAGGGAGACGAAAGGCAACGGGACGCCCAGCCCGGCGCCGAUGCCCGCUCGACUCCAGAUCCCGCCCAUCCUUCGCUCGACAACCUCACCCCCGAAGAAGCAAACCGCAUCAUCCACUCUCAUCGCAAGGUCCGUUACGGCACCGCGUGCUGGCCAUGCCGACAGCGCAAGGUCAAGUGUGACAACCAACAACCAUGCGAGAACUGUGUCAAGCGUGACCACCCCCAGCUUUGCUCGUACAAGCCCAAUCGCACAUCCUCUGGCAAGCUCACAACAACAGCGACGACGACGACGACGACAAAAACAGCCUCUACUGCCACUGGCGAGAGCUCCGGCACGCGCAAGAGGCCACAUUCUCCUGAUCCUGCCACUGAUGAUCCCAGCCGGACACCAUCACAGCGCCAGCCGAGUUGGCCACGCGCUUUUGCCAGUGUCGAUGAGGCCGAGGCUCCCGAGAGCAUUACACGUUAUCUCGGUCACAACAGCAUCCCUUCACUGCUGCGGGAACAAUCCUCGUCAGCCGACGUCCACCAGGGCGGCGAUAUUCGUCAAGACAUGCGUUCCAUUCUCGGCCUCGACACCUCGGCACCCUUUCCCCUCAUGUCGUCACGCCACCUGGACAGCCUAACGAGAGAAAUCUCAUCUGAACUGCCCUCCGACCGUGAGGUCAUGAAGCUGUUUCGCACCUACAAGGAGACGCCUCAAGCCUUUUGGGGCUUCGUCGUCGACAUUGAUGAUCUUGAAUCAAAGCUCAUGGUCUAUCUCGAGGACAGGGCUCGGAACGCGCGCAACUCAACCAAAACCACGAAACCCGUCUCGGCGUCCUGGCUUGCCAUCCUUUUUGCCGUUCUCGCCGUUGGGUCUCAGUACCAUGACUCCCCAUUUCACAUCAGGACAAGGGACUCGCAAAAGUACAUUCAAAUAUCCUUUCAUUUCCUCCGUCUCGGCAACUUUCUCCUUCGACCCACGUUUGAUUCAAUUCAAGCUCUCCUCCUCACCGGCUUCGUCCUGUUGAACGACAUGAAGGCCGAAGCGUCCUGGGCUCUGCUCGGGUUGACAUGCCGUCUGGCGCAGUCGCUCGGCCUUCACCGGCCUUUCACCCAGGAUGAUCGGGAAAGCCUGCCGCCUCAUCUCAAAACCAGAGAAAUGAUUCGUCGCAAGCUCUGGUGGACUUGCGUCUGGCAUGACACCCUCACCUCUCUCUCCUUCGAUCGCUCUCCUAUGACCAAUUUCCCCUGCUGCCCGAUACCCACGGCUUCAGACAUUGGUGAAGGGAGUUACACCUACCUUGAAACCAUGUAUCACUUGUGCGAGAUCAUCUCACGCCGCCUCAAUCCUGACAUCACCACCGCCGUGUCCUACGAGCAGAUGGUUGACAACUGCCAAGCUGUUGAAUCUCUGCGCACCAUGAUCGCGCCUAACAUUCAGUUCAAGGACCAGUGCAAAUCCGUCAUCGAUCGCCUGCAGUACUACGGCAUCCGUCUACACUCUUCCUUCGUCAUCUCGGUCUGCUGUCGCCCCGCCCUUCACCGUGACUGCACGCAGUUGAGUCCCGAGCAGAAAAAGUUUCUCUCCGAAAAAUGCCAGCAUAACCUCAUCGAGACGGUACGCAUGUUCCUCGCCAUGCACCAGCUUUCUGUGAUCCCUACACGAUCCUGGGCCUAUACCUAUCAUGGUCUCUCCUCUGCCCUCCUUCUCGGCAUUCUAGCCGAGACCAAGAAUAGUCCCGACGUUCGCCAGCUCCAGGGCGACCUCAUUGCUGCUCUUUCAGCCACGGCUGCCAAGGAGACUUCCCCUUCGGCACACAUUCCCAAGACGGACAAGGAUAUUGAGCUUUCUGGGCCUCUCCAUCGCGCGCUUACGGCCCUGCGCAACAUUUACGAGCACGGCUCGGUCGUCGGCUCCUCGGCCAAGCGCGAGUCUGACGCUGGCAGGUGCGUCGCCAGCGGGCCCGCACGCCCGUCGGCGGCUCUGGACCCUCACCAGGAUGCCGCACUCGCCAUGGCAGAAAUGCAGCAGAACGGCACACCCAUGCCGAACGACUACACCGCCGGCUUGCCCGGCGUAUACCCGCCUCCGCAAGGCCCGGGCUUUGACGGACUCGCGGGAAUUGAUCCGGCGACGUACAUGUCGCCGAUGGACCUGUACGAGUCGAUCUGGUGGGAGUCGCCGGAUCCGUGGAACUCGGGGGUUGAUGCGAUGAACUUGGACUUUACGGCUCAUCCGCCGCCAGGACAGCCGCAGCAGCAGUAUUAUUUCUAG